GCGAGAAUUUAGAAAUUUUCUCUCUCUGUGUUUUAAGUGAGUCUUCAAAAUGGAAUCCGGCCUGGAUCUCAUGGCAUUUAGUACCAGAUAUACCCGAGAGACGAAACGUGCAGAUAUUCGGGAGUCAGCUCAUUGGAGUCGAACUCUCAUAUCAAUCGCCGUUACAUUUGUGGCGAUGGCGACAAUUUCAUUCCUUCUCCGACUUUGGAGCCGACAAAAGACAAAAUGGAAGCUGGCCCUUGAGGAUGUCUUGAUGGGCGUGGGUUUAGUUUUCUCGUAUCUGCUCAGUGCAUGCGUUAUCAUUGCCGCCUGCAAUGGCGUAGGCUAUAACAUCUGGGCAUUACCACGACAAACUCAGGGACGAGUUGGACUUGUAUUCUGGCUUGGCCAAAAGUUUUGGGUUCUAUCCCAUGUCUUCGUCAAACUAUCAAUCAUAUUACUGAUACGUCGACUGUUGUAUAUUGCUGGAAAUUGGCAGAAGGUGACUUCUGGUCUAAUACUUUUCACAAUAGCAUGGGGCAUCACAACUAUUGUUGGUAACGCCUUGCAAUGCUUGCCCCCUCGCUAUUUCUGGGAGAGAAAUAUCGACGGCCAUUGCCCAGAUAACCAAGAGGCUUUUGCGAUUACAAUGGGCUCCAUGGCCCUAGCAGAGGAUGUAUUUCUUCUGGUCAUACCCAUAAUGGUGGUGUGGCAGUUGAAAUUGGUGCGUACAGAGAAGAUUCGAAUCACAAUCCUGUUCAUGUUUGGAGGCGUAGUUUGCAUCUUCGGUAUCCUGCGCGUCAUCGAGUUAAUUCACUAUCAGGCGGAAAAUUUGACGGCCAGCGGUGCUUUCGAGGUUACUUGGGCGGUUAUUGAGAUCAACCUAGGUAUCGUGUGUGGGUGUGUGGUCUUGAUGAGGCCGUUAUUACACUCCUUUGUUACCUUUCUCAAACGAUAUUUGAGUCGUGGUAAGGAGCCUUUGAAUUCAGAUUGUUGAAAAUCUGGAAUAAAUUGUCUCCCUACGGAGGAAGGAAUAUGCCUGAUGGCAGCCUGAAGGGUGCACAGAUCGAAAUAAGAGAGGAGUAACACAUCAAGCUCCUAGCAUCAAGACGCGCAACUUGGGAAUGGGAAUUGCUUUUAAAGCAAUGGAAGUGGCUUUCCUGCAUACAUAGAUAUCCCAGUCAGCUCUGUUGGUCCGUAGUAUCGAUUAUUCUCCGCUCGUAGUGACGCUUCGUUCACAUAAAUUCCUGAUUGAUGCACGCUUUUGACACAACGAAACUGCGAAGGCCAGUUGCCGCCGUACAGCGAG